CUUUAUUUAUCCUCUCUAACCCUUUUUAUCCUUACUGUCACACUUUCUGACCUCUCUAACCCUCUGUGCAUCAUCUAGUCCUUCUGUGACCUUCCCUGACCUCCCUUGCCCCCCUGUGUCCCCGGUGCGUGGUCCAGGAUGCCCCAGGCGGCGUUGGGCGUGUCCCCGGCGGAGGGCUCGGCCUACGUGGGCAUCGACACCCUUCAGGAGCAGACCAGGCAGAGGGCGCUAAGGCGAGGCUACACCUUUAACCUGCUGGUGGUGGGACGCAGUGGGCUUGGCAAAUCAACGCUAGUCAAUACACUAUUCAAGUCUUCAGUGGCCAGAAGGAAAGAUGGCAAGGAAGAGCCCCUGCCCUCCACCACACAGGUCAAGAAGGUGGAGACUACGGUGAGCGAGGGAGGCGUGAAGCUGCACCUCACAGUCACGGACACUCCUGGUUUUGGGGACCAUAUCAACAACGAGAACUGCUGGGAGCCCAUCAUCAGCUACAUCGAGCAGCAGUACAGCCGCUACCUGGAGGAGGAGCAGAAGGUUCAGCGCCUCCUCAGAAUCCCCGACACACGCGUUCACUGCUGCCUGUACUUCAUCCCUCCGUCCGGACACUCGUUGAGUUCGCUCGACGUGGAGGUGUUACGAAGGCUAGACAAGGUGACGAACGUAGUGCCCAUCAUCGCAAAGGCCGACACUCUCACCAUGGAGGAGAGAGACACCUUCAAGGAGAGGAUCCGAGCUGACCUCAAGGACCACGGCAUCAAGAACUACCCUCUGGAUGACACUUCUGAGGCCGAGUUUGCUAAGAUGAAGGAACGGCUGCCGUUCGCGGUGGUGGGCAGCAGCCAGUGGCAUGAAGUACACGGCAGAAAGGUGCUGGGCAGGCGCUCCACGUGGGGGCUGGUGGAGGUGGAGAACAAGGCGCACAAUGACUUCGCCUGCCUCAGAGACAUGCUAAUACGAACACACAUGCAAGACCUCAUCGACUGCACGGCGGAGGUCCACUACGAGAACUACCGCCGGGCCAAGCUGACGCCCCUGCAGAACGGCGACGCAGCGGAAAGCAAGAAGGGGGACGCCCAGAGCAAGCUAUGAGCCCACCAUCACCACCACCAUCACCACCACUGAUAAUGACGAGUGUAGUGAUGACGAGAAUGACUGUUUAUCUGUUACUUAAUCAUGCAUUUUAUCUACUCGCUGUGUUAGGGAGAGAGUUUUUAUUGAGUAUCCUUGACUGCCCAGGUAUUUAAAAGACAUUGUGUGUGUGUGUAUGUGUGCGUGUGUGUGUAUGGGAUAGUAUACUCCUUGCUUAGCUCAAUUUAUGUUCCAAUGUUACUUUUAAGGGUUUCAGAAUGCUUAUAAUAAUUUUUUUUAUGUAUGUUAUUGUUUCAUUCGUGCGUUGAUUGGUCCGUUUUUUCAUAUCAGUCGUAAAUAUUAAGUUUAGCAUUUACGUUAGUCAUGUUAUUUAUUCUUCACGAGUAAGGCCUGUAUUUUUAAACAUAUUGGCACCCUGGAUUGCCUGUUUGAAAAGCUCCUCAUCGUGGAAGUUUCUGGGAUUUUCGUGUGAAAUGCCCCGAGGUUUGAUUUUCUCUUUCCUGCUAUUCUCUCAGCCCCACACAUCCUCUGCUUGUAUCGAAACACACGAGAAAUUAAUCAAGACAAGGAGAGGGUAUUCACCGGCUGCCUGGGAUUGAACCCGCGACCAGCGUGACGGGAGAGCUGCUCCUUACC